AUAUUUCAUUCUCCAAAUAUCCACAACCCAUCAAUAAUCAUUUGCUGGUGCUUUUAUUUCGAUGGUAACGUUAUGCGACAAAUAAUGGUUAAAUCUAUAAAUAUUUUGUUACUCAACCAGCUAAAACUUUCGAUAUUGCCAUCAUGUGUUCUUCAGUCUAGCUGGGGCACUCACUGCAAGCACUCGCUCAGAGCCACGCUCAUGCGCAUUGACGGCUGCCUGGGCAAUUUGUCAGUACUCGUGGGAGAAUUUGGAUAUAACCAUUUUUAAUAUGGAUGAGUCUACAAACAUCACAAAUGCAGUAACCCCUGAUUUUGAUGUGUAUGGUGCCAUGGACUGGAGUGAUGGUGUUGGAACCUUACCUGGGAGUGAGCUAAAGUUUAAGGUGAAUGAGUUUGGAGUCUUGGAGGUCCUAACAGAGGAGGGAGAUGAUGAGAGGGUGAAGAAGUCUCAUGCUACCACUACAUGGGCAGUGCCCACUGCUCAGGAGGCCCUCUCAGACAGUGCGUGUGUGGCGGUGAAAGAGGAGAGGCAGGAGGGUCAGUGGGCCCAGAGAGGCCUGGUGUGUGUGCGCUGCCAGAGGAAGGGCUCCCCCGUGGACUUCCUGUCUGACUGCCUUCACUGCAGCGAGCGCUGUUUGCAGCAGGACCAGCAAGAUGAGCUGAAGCUGAAGAAAGAGGUGUCUAAGAGCAAUGGGGAGGUGGUGGGUAUCAGCUGUAAGUGGCCUCUGCAGCAGUACAAGGAGAGCCUAGCUGACAAGAUGAGCACCACAGAGGUCCUGCCUGAGGACCAUGAUGAGGACUAUGAGGAGAAAGACAGCAGGAAGACGACGCGUGGCGCUCCGCGAGGCAGGAGGAAGCGGAGGGGGGAUGCAGCCCUGCUGAGACACACUGUUCCAUAUGGAGGGAAGAAGAAGUCUUGGUGUUGGGCCUCCUAUCUGGAGCAGGACAAAGCCAUCGCUGCCCCCACUAAACUGUUCAAAGAGCACCAGGCCUUCCCCCAGAGUAAGAAUGGAUUCCGGGUGGGGAUGAGGCUGGAGGGUGUAGACCCAGAACAUCCCUCCAUGUACUGUGUGCUCACUGUAGCUGAGGUUUCAGGACACCGAAUACGGCUUCACUUUGACAAGAACUUGGACUGCUAUGACUUCUGGGUGAAUUCCAACUCUGCAGACAUCCACCCUGUGGGAUGGUGUGAGAAAACGGGACACAAGCUGCACCCCCCCAAAGGUAUGAAGGAUGAGGAGUUCGGCUGGUCGUCAUACAUCAAGCAGAGCAAAGCCCAGGCAGCUCCCAAGGCCCUGUUUGAGAAUCAGAACACGACUGUCACCCCUUUAGGAUUCAGAAUUGGGAUGAAGCUGGAGGCCAUUGACAAGAAGAACCCCUCCUUCAUCUGUGUUGCCACAGUAACAGACAUGGUGGACAGUCGAUUCCUGGUGCACUUUGAUAACUGGGAUGAGAGCUAUGACUUCUGGUGUGAUGCAACCAGUCCCUACAUCCACCCAGUGGGCUGGUGUCAAGACAACAACAGGAUUCUCACGACCCCUCCAGGUUACCCCAGUGUCAAGGAUUUCUCCUGGGGAAAGUAUCUGGAGGAGACCAACUCAUCACCGGCCCCUGCCAGGGCUUUCAAAGGGAAACCCCCCCACACCUUCCUGCCACUCAUGAAGCUGGAGACGGUGGACAAGAGGAACCCCAUGCUUGUCAGAGUGGCCACCGUGGUAGACACUGAGGACCACAGGAUCCAAAUCCAUUUUGAUGGCUGGACAGAUGAGUAUGACUACUGGGUGGACACAGACAGUCCAGACAUCCACCCUGCGGGCUGGUGUGCUAAGACUGGCCACCCCCUCCAGCCCCCGAUCAUGCGGUGGGAUGCCCAUACUCUGACAUCAACAUCAACAAGGACUCAGUGCUGCCAGACCGUCUGAGUGGUGAGAUGCCAGGAUCAGGAGGACUGGGCCGACCCCGACGGGCAGAACCCAACCCAGAGAACCACCCAGCUCUAGCUCUCAAUGCAGACAAGCACUUAAGCGCCAACACAAAUCACCUGGAAAAGCCUGGCAGGGGUGAGAUGGCUGGCAGCGGCAUGGCGAAACCCGCCGGCACAGAGCCCAAGAGGAGGGUUGGGCGGCCUUGCAAGCAGAAGAAGGUAGAGGAGCUGGUGGAGGACGAGGAGAUGAAGAGUGAGGUGCCGUGCAUAAUUGAAACCAAAGUAGAGCUGACACUACAGGAAGCCCUUCACCAGUCAGUGUUCAUGCCAUGCACCUCGCCAUCCCCCAGCAGCACUCCUUUCUGCUGGGACCAGCACAGCAAGCUGCUACCCACCGUGGCUGGCAUCACUUCAAGCAAAGUGGCUGUGUGGACAGUGGAGGAGGUGAUUGAGUUCAUCCAAGGUCUUCCAGGCUGUAACGAACACGUGCACACUUUCAGAGAUGAGCAAAUAGAUGGCGAAGCCUUCCUUCUGUUGACUCAGGUUGACCUAGUGAGGAUCAUGAGCAUCAAGCUGGGUCCAGCCAUUAAAAUCUACAACUCCAUCUUGAUGUUCAAGACGGCAGAGGAAUCGGCAUGUAAUGAGCUCUAACGAAGGUCGGAGGCCACUAUUUUUACCCUGAGCAGAGCAGAGCCAGGAGAAGGAGGUCUACAGAUAAGGAUGUGAAGCACAAAGAACCAUUCUUCUUCCCAGAGGAAGCAAACGGAAUGCACAUGUGAAUUGCACAAGUAUUUUUUUUUAAGAUAGCCAUAUUGCAUACUGCGAAUCUCCAAUGUGAUUGACUCAUUGGAGAAAUGUCAUUUUCAAUCAUCAGCUCUAUUAUGUGUAAUAUUAUUGUACAGUAUAGGCUCUUUUUAUAUUAGUGUUGGGGUGGUGCCACGAGGAUGCUCGUUCUACCUAAAAACUAAAACUGGAAAUGUAGAGCAAAUGCGUCAGAUUUCCUUUAGUGCAUCACAAUCAGCAACUCUGACAUUUUCAUCAUGUAGAAAGUCCCAUCUGCACAGGGCUUUAGCUGUUCCGGUCUCUCUGGGAUGCUGAUGUCAUGCAGGUCAGAGAGAUUCUAACUGAGAAUGGAAGCUCAGUGAUUCCCCAGGUGAGUGGCACAGAGAAAUGAAUACAUUCAUGAGAAAGUCCUCAUGCUUUUUUAUACUUGUUACUUCUGUCUGGCUGCUGGGUUGGUGCUGCUGGAGGACAAGGCUGUAUAACUGAGAGGAGGGAGGGACUUUUAUUAAUUCACCAAACCAACGGGCACCAUACUGUAAAACAAGCCAUCAGGCCCUGCAUUUAAUUUCCCUUUUGGUAAAUGCACCCACCUAUUAUGCUUUAUGGAUAGCCAUAUACAGUACCUGUAUAAAGACCAACAUGGGUCAACUUGGUCUGGUUUCUCCUGUGUAUUGUACAGUCAUCUCCUCAUCAGUACUGUUCAGGCCCUAUGAAGCAGUGACAAGUGUCUGUUUACUUUAAGGUACUAACCCCAGGGACGGGGUUUGGUUGAAUGAAUUUAAUCUAAAAGUCCAUAUAGACAAUGGUAUUUCUUUACGUGGACUGUUGUUCACUAUUGUUUAUUUACAGUGUAUUUGGGUGGUAUUCAGACCCCUUGACUUUUUCCACAUUAUGUUACGUUACAGCCUUAAUCUAACAUUGAUGAUUGUGUGUAGAUUCCUCGUCAAUCUACACACAAUAUCCCAUAAUGACAAAUUGAAAACAGGUUUUUACAAAUGUUUGCAAAUGUAUAAAAAAAAAAAAAGAAAUACCUUAUUUACAUAAGUAUUCAGACCCUUUACUAUGAGACCCGAAAUUGAGCUCAGGUGCAUCCUGUUUCCAUUGACUCUCCUUGAGAUGUUUCUACAACUUGAUUGGAGUCCGCCUGUGGUAAAUUCAAUUGAUUGGACAUGAUAUGGAAAGGAACACAUCUGUCCAUAUAAGGUCCCACAGUUGACAGUGCAUGUCAGAGCAAAAACCCAAGCCAUGAGGUCGAAGGAAUUGUGUCUAGGCACAGAUCUGGGCAAGGUUACCAAAAUAUUUCUGCAGAAUUGAAGUUCCCCAAGAACACAGUGGCCUCCAUCAUUCUUAAAUGGAAGAAGUUUGGAAACACUAUGACUCUUCCUAGAGCUGGUCGCCUGGCCAAACUGAGCAAACGGGGAGAAGUGCCUUGGGAUCAGGGAUGUGACCAAGAACCCGAUGGUCACUCUGACAGAGUUCCAGAGUUCCUCUGUGGAGAUGGGAGGACCUCCCAGAAAGACAACCAUCUCUGCAGCACUCCACCAAUCAGGCCUUUAUGGUAGAGUGGCCAAACGGAAGCCACUUCUCAGUAAAAGGCACAAGACAGCCCGCUUGGAGAUCGCCAGAAGGCACCUAAAGGACACUCAGACAAUGAGAAGCAAGCUUCUCUGGUCUGAUGAAACUAAGAUUGAACUCUUUGGCCUGAAUGCCAAGCGUCACAUUCUGCAGGAAACCUGGCACCAUCCCAACGGUAAUGCAUGGUGGUGGGAGCAUCAUGCUGUGAGGAUGUUUUUCAGCGUCAGGGAAUGGGAGGCUAGUCUGGAUCGAGGGAAAGAUGAAAAGAGCGGUCCUUGAUGAAAACCUGCUCCAGAGUGCUCAGGACCUCAGACCGGGGCAAAGGUUCACCUUCCAACAGGACAACAAUCCUAAGCACACAGCCAAGACAAUGCAGUAGGGGCUUCGGGACAAGUCUCUGAAUGUCCUUGAGUGGCCCUGCCAGAGCCCGGACUUGAACCUGAUCGAACAUCUCUGGAGAGACCUGAAAAUAGCUAUGCAGUGACGCUCCCCAUCCAAUCUGACAGCGCUUUAGAGGAUCUGCAGAGAAGAAUGGGAGAAAUACCCCAAAUACAGGUGUGCCAAGCUUGUAGCGUCAUACCCAAUAAGACUGGCUGUAAUCACUGCCAAAGGUGCUUUAACAAAGUACUGAGUAAAGGGUCUGAAUACUUAUGUAAAUGUCAUAUUUCACUUGUUUUAUUAUACAUUUGCAAAAAUGUCUAAACCUAUUUUUGCUUUGUCAUUAUGAUGUAUUGUGUGUAGAUUUUUUUUUUUUCACCUUUACUUAACCAGGUAGGCCAGUUGAGAACAAGUUCUCAUUUACAACUGCGACCUGGCCAGGAUAAAGCAAAGCAGUGCGACACAAACAGCAACACAGAGUUACGCAUGGAAUAAACAAAUGUACAGUCAAUAACACAAUAUAAAAAAUCUAUAUACAGUAUGUGAAAAUGAGGUAAGAUUAGGGAGGUAACGCAAUAAAUAGGCCGUUGUAGCGAAGUCGUUUAGCAUUUAACACUGGAGUGACAGGUGCGCAGAAGAUGAAUGUGCAAGUCGAGAUACUGGGGUGCAAAGGAGCAACAACAAAAAAAUAACAAUAUGGGGAUGAGGUAGUUGGAUGGGCUAUUUACAGAUGAGCUAUGUACAGGUGAAAUAUACCUGCUGGAGCGCGUGCUACUGGUGGGUGCUGCUAUGGUGACCAGUGAGCUGAGAUAAGGCGGGGCUUUACCUAGCAAAGACUUAUAGAUGACCUUGAGCCAGUGGGUUUGGCGAUGAAUAUGAAGCGAGGGCCAGCCAACGAGAGCAUACAGGUCACAGUGGUGGGUAGUAAAUGGGGCUUUGGUGACAAAACAGAUGUCACUGUGAUAGACUGCAUCCAAUUUGCUGAGUAGAGUGUUGGAGGCUAAUUUGUAAAUGACCGGUAGGAUAGUCAGUUUUACGAGGGUAUGUUUGGCAGCAUGAGUGAAGGAUGAUUUGUCGCGAAAUAGGAAGCCGAUUCUAGAUUUAAUUUUGGAUUGAAGAUGCUUAAUGUGAGUCUGGAAGGAGAGUUUACAGUCUAACCAGACACCUAGGUAUUUGUAGUUGUCCACAUAUUCAGUCAGAACUGUCCAGAGUAGUGAUGCUGGACGGGCGGGCAGGUGCGGGCAGCGAUCGGUUGAAGAGCAUGUAUAUAGUUUUACUUGCAUUUAAGAGCCCUCAAGCGCCAGAAGGGGAAGAGCGGGAGCAGACGUGAGAGUCCAGGCACAGCUGGGGCUGAAGCGGCAAUGGUGAGAGACUUGUUUCGGGAAAAGGUGGAUUUUUAGAAGUAGAAGCACAAAUUCUUUGGGCACAGACCUGGAUAGUAUGACAGAACUCUGUAGGCUAUCUCUGCAGUAGAUUGCAACUCCGCCCCCUUUGGCAGUUCUAUCUUGUCAGAAAAUGUUAUAGUUAGGGAUGGACUUUUCUGGAUUUUUGGUGGCCUUCCUAAGCCAGGAUUCAGACACGGCUAGGACAUCCGGGUUGGCAGAGUGUGCUAAAGCAGUGAAUAAAACAAACUUAGGGAGGAUGCUUCUAAUGUUAACAUGCAUGAAACCAAGGCUUUUACGGUUACAGAAGUCAACAAAUGAGAGCGCCUGGGGAAUGGGAGUAGAGCUAGGCGCUGCAGGGCCUGGAUUAACCUCUACAUCACCAGAGGAAUGGAGGAGUAGGAUAAGGGUAUGGCUAAAGGCUAUAAGAACUGGUUGUCUAGUGCGUUUGGAACAGAGAGUAAAAGGAGCAGGUUUCUGGGCGCGGAAGAAUAGAUUCAAGGCAUAAUGUACAGACAAAGGUAUGGUAGGAUGUGAAUACAGUGGAGGUAAACCUUGGCAUUGAGUGACGAUGAGAGGUUUUGUCUCAUCAUUUAGACCAGGUGAGGUCACCACAUGUGUGGGAGGUGGAACAAAAGGGCUAGCUAAGGUAUAUUGAGCAGGGCUGGAGGCUCUACAGUGAAAUAAGACAAUAAUCACUAACCAAAACAGCAAUUGACAAAGCAUAUUGACAUUAGGGAGAAGCAUGUGUAGCCGAGUGAUCAUAGGGACCAGUGAGUAGCUAGGCGAGCUGGAGACACGGCAAUUCAGACAGCUAGCGGUCCGGGGCUAGCAGAAGGGCCUUAGGGGGACGUCGCGACAGAAGAGUCUGUUGUUGCUCCCUCGGACGGGUACGUCGGCAGACCAGUCGUGAUGGAUCGGCAGGGCUCCGUGUAGGCAGUAAAAGGUUCCAGGCCAAUUGGCAAAAUAGGUAUUGUAGCCCAAGAAAUUGGCUGAUGGACCUCUUCAGCUAACAGUCCGAUAUGCUCUAGACAGCUAGCGGGCUGUGGCUAGCAGGCUAGCGGAUGGGCCUUCAGGGAACGUCGCGACGGAGGAGCCUGUUGAAACCCCCUCGGGCGGAUUACAUCGGUAAACCAGUUGUGAUGGAUCGGCGGGGCUCCAUGUCGACAGUAAAAGGGGUCCAGGCCAUUUGGCAAAAUAGGUAUUGUAGCCCAAGGAGUGGCUGAUGGACCUCUUCAGCUAGCCGGGAGAUGGGCCUAGCACGAGGAUAGUUCCGGCUAACUGGUGCUUGCUUCGGGACAGAGACGUUAGCCAGGAGUAGCCACUCAGAUAGCAGCUAACUAGCUGCGCUGAUCCAGGUGAAAAGGUUCAGAGCUUGCAGUAGGAAUCUGGAGAUAUGGAGAUUUGGUGGAGAAAAAGCAGUCCGGUAUGCUCUGGCUUGAAUCGUGCUGUGCAGACAGGCAGGAGUUGACCGGGCUACGGUUAGCUGAGGACCGCUAGCAGUGGCUAACUGACAAGUGGCUAGUUAGCUGGCUAGCUUCUGUUGGGGGUUCCGGUUCGUGUUAAUGGACAGUCCAGCAGGCAUCGGCUGUGUAGCCAAGUGAUCAUAGGGUCCAAUGAGCAGCACUAGAUGAAACAAGGAACAGUUCGGUAGUCGAUUACUAUGUUGAGCGAGCGGGAGACACGGCGUUCAGGGAGCUAGCAGGCCGGGGCUAACAGAUGGAUCAUCGCCAAACAUCCACGAUGCAGAGGCCGGUUGAGAGCUGGCCGAGUUACGUCAGCAGACCAGCAGACCAGUCAUGAUGGAUCGGCGGGGCUCUGUGUCGACAAAGGGUCCAGGCCAAUUGGCAAGAGAAGUGUUGUAGUUGGUGUACUUAGUUUGCUAUUCGGGAGACGGGCCUAGCUCGGGGCUAACUGGCGCAUGCUUCUGGACAAGGGCGUUAGCCACAAUAGCUCCAGAGCUUGCGGCAGGAAUCUGGUGAUGUAGUUGAAAAGAGCAGUCCGAUACGAUCAGGGCUGGUAUCGCGCUGUGCAGACUGGCAGGUAUUAUCCGGGCUAUCCAAGCUAAAGAGGCAGAGGUAGAGGUAAAGACCGUUAGCAGAGGCUAACAAUGACUAAAUAGCUAGUAGCUAAUUCGCUGGCUAGCCUGUGAUGGAGGUUCCAGUUAUAUGGUCUUAAAAAAUUGCUGAUCCGUACCACAUUGGGUGAGGCGGGUUGCAGGAAUGUAUAUUUAUUUUGAAAAUGGACAAAAGAGAUUGAAAUGUAUACAAAAAACUGAAAAAGACAAUAUUUACAUGGGACGAAAACAAACACGUCUUACUGCUGUGCCAUCUUAGUUUUUUCCCCUCAUCAAAAGAAAAUCCAUCUAACGUAACAAAAAUUUGGAAAAAGUCAAGGGGUAUGAAUACUUUCCGAAUGCACUGAGAACUUGCAUUUAAAGCAAUCACUAAAUAUAAUUGAAUGGAUACAUUGCUGAUCAUCUCAAAGAGCAUACUUAGUGCCCUUGAAAAAAGUUGACUGUAAUAUGCUAUUUCUAUUUUCAAUGGGCUUUACUGAAGCCUAAAGAGAAAAUGUUGGUUUAUGUUUUGCUUUUAUUGAUUUAAUAAUGCUUUUUCUUUCUUGUCACACCAGUGAGUGAGACUGCUGUGUAUAGAAUUAUGCAAUGCAAUGUAAAUGGGAAAAGAGCUUGCCAUUUUUGCAGCUUAAUAAUGAUGAAACCUUUAUUCCACCUGUAUUGAUUCACAAAUAAAUACAAUGAGAAGUACACUAA